GGAGCGAGGAGAGAGGUGCGAGGAGGUUUUAGGUCGUCGGUAAACACGAGAAGGAGAAGCGCGAGAGACUUCGGGAUUGAGACCAAAAUGUGGCCUGCCUUCCUCGUGGAGGUGGUGGCUGCCUUCCUGCUGCAGGGCUGCUUGGGCUCCUCCUCCUCCACGCACUCCCUGCGCAAUUUCUACACGGGGGUCUCAGAGCCCGGAGGGGGGAUCCCCCGGUUCAUCGCUGUGGGCUACGUGGACGACCAGCUGUUUGUUCACUAUGACAGCGACACAAGAAGAGAGCAGCCUCGUGUCCCCUGGAUAAAGAAGGUGGAGAAGGACGAUGCCCAGUACUGGGAUAGGCAGAGCCAGAUCUUGCAUGGCUGGGAGCAGACAUUCAGAGCGAGUGUGGAGAAUGUACGGAACUAUUACAACCAGAGCAAAGGGUUUCACUCCCUGCAGCGGAUGUACGGCUGUGAGCUGAGGGGAGACGGGAGCAAAGGAGGUUAUGACCAGUAUGGCUACGACGUGAGGAACUACAUCGCCUUCGACAAGGAGACCCUCACCUGGACGGCCGCCGAUGUCCCGGCACAAAACACCAAGAGGAAGUGGGAGGCUGAACCUGCCAUUGCCCAGCGUAAGAAGGCCUACCUGGAGGAGGAAUGCAUUGAGUGGCUGCAGAGAUACCUGGACUACGGGAAGGAGACUCUGCUGAGGACAGAGCGCCCCGUGGUGAAGGUGACGAGCCAGGCGGAGCAUGACGGCACGGAGACCCUCGUCUGCCAGGCCCACGGCUUCUACCCCAAGGCCAUCGAGACCACCUGGAGGAGGGACGGGGAGGUCAUGGACCAUGCGACCUUCCGCAGGGACGUCGCCCCCAAUUCGGACGGGACCUACCACGCCUGGCUCAGCAUCAAGGUCGACCCCAAGGAUCGGGACCUCUACCGGUGCCAUGUGGGGCAUGACAGCCUGCUGGAGCCCCUGGACUUUGCCUGGGAGGAGCCUGGUGCAUCCAACUUGGGGCUCAUUGUCGGGUGUGUGGUGGGGGCCGCCUUUGCCCUGCUGGUAGCUGGGAUCCUUGGGAUCUAUUUCUACAAGAAACGUCAAGAUGGCUACAAAGCAGCAUCAACAAAGGACCAAAACUCCGACAGCUCCGGGAGCAACCUGGCCAUCUAGGACUCCCAAGGAGCUUGACUCUGGGGGAGACUCUUCUCCCGAUGGAAGAAAACAAGAGGAAGAGAGGAUCCAUCCAUGAACUGAAUUCUAUCAAGUCCUUCUCAGGGACUUCUUCGGCCUGUUUCUGACUGCAGAGAGCUUGGCUUGGCGUGAUUUGCUUUCUGGCACAGCUGCUGCCUCAACACACAUUUGCAUCUUAGCUUUUUACCUGAUAAAAGAUAUCUUAGUUGAUUAACACACUAGGGGUUUAAAUCAAUUGUUGGGAGAUCAAAUUGGAUAACGCUGCAUGAAGUUGCCUAGGAGAAAACAGCAGCUCUGAAGGGGGGAAAUGCAGCCUUUCUUUUUGGAUGCCACCUGCAGAAGUGUCCCAGGGCACCAUCUCAGAAGAGGCAGAUCUCCUGCUUACGAGAGGAAACGAGAUGGGGGGUGGAGGGAGGCCCUCCUUAAGAUGCCGCCUUCCAAUUAUACCUUUAAGUGCUUGGGGGGGGGGGGAACCCUGCACUUGAGAGGAGUGUUUUUUUAAUCAAAAGUUUUUAAUUAACGUAUCUAAACAAAGUAACUAAAAACUGCAGCCCAAAAAUUCAAAAUUACACCUCCAGUAUUAGGCUGUAAUUGAUUUUUUUAAAAAAAUUACAGAGAUAUGCAGCAGGAAAUUGCCAAAGUGUCUGUUUCCUCAUAGAAUCAUAGAAUAGCAGAGUUGGAGUUGUUAAUGUAUUUUGCAUUUUGAUUGAUGCUAAUGGAUGUAAAACAUUUUAAUAGCCCUGCUGAGAUGGGCCAAAUUAAAGGGAUUCAUUUUCCUCCCUCC